AAACAAAUUACGCUUCUUUCUUUCAUUUCCUUCUCGAUAGUUGGAUCGAAACGGACCCACAAAAUACAAAUGAUCAAUCACUAUUCGUAUUUAAUCAUAAAAAUUAUCUGAUUUUGUUUCAAAGCUUUUUACAGUUAGGAUCAAAACAGAAUUCAAUCCAAACCCCGAAGAAAAAGAGAUGGCGUCAGAGCAGUUGAUGUCCGAUGGUGGGCCCCGCUACGUUCAAAUGCGAUCAGAGCCGCCCACGACCACCAUGGCGGUCUCGUCUUUUUUUACGUCGUUCGGUUCGGGUCCCGAACCCGAGUCGUCUCGCAUUUUCGAUGAGUUGCCUGAGUCCACCAUCGUUUCGGUUUCUAGACCCGACGCCGCAGAUAUCAGCCCCAUGCUUUUAUCUUACACAAUUGAAUUUCAAUACAAACAGUUCAAAUGGAAGCUAGUAAAGAAAGCUUCACAUGUAUUUUAUUUGCACUUUGCGUUGAAGAAACGUGUUUUUUUUGAGGAGAUUCAGGAGAAGCAAGAGCAGGUUAAAGAAUGGCUUCAAAAUCUAGGAAUAGGCGAUCACAUGGCAGAAGUACAAGAUGAUGAUGAAGGUGAUGAUGAUACUAUCCAUGUUCAUAAUGAUGAAAUUGCUAAGAACAGAGAUGUUCCAUCAAGCGCUGCGCUGCCAGUCAUUCGGCCAGCUUUAGGAAGACAGCAUUCAAUGUCGGACAGAGCAAAAGUUGCAAUGCAACAAUACUUGAAUCACUUUCUGGGAAAUAUAGAUAUUGUUAACUCCCGAGAGGUUUGCAAGUUUUUGGAGGUUUCAAAGUUGUCAUUUUCACCAGAGUAUGGCCCUAAGCUGAAAGAAGAUUAUGUAAUGGUUAAGCAUCUUCCAAAAAUUUUAAAAAAUGAUGAUUCAAGAAAAUGCAACUGCUGUCCUUGGUUUAAUUGUUGUAAUGACAAUUGGCAAAAGGUGUGGGCUGUACUAAAACCUGGAUUCUUGGCCUUUCUGGGAGAUCCUUUCGAUACCCAACCUAUAGAUAUAAUUGUUUUCGAUGUGCUACCAUCCUCUGAUGGGAAUGGUGACGGUCGAGUAUCAUUAGCAACAGAAAUUAAGGACCGUAAUCCUCUACGUCAUACAUUUAAGGUGACUUGUGGAAACCGGAGCAUAAGUUUGAGAAGCAAGAAUAGUGCUAAAGUUAAAGAUUGGGUUGCUGCAAUUAAUGACGCUGGCCUCAGGCCUCCAGAGGGCUGGUGUCAUCCUCAUCGCUUUGGCUCUUAUGCUCCUCCUAGGGGUUUGACUGAUGAUGGAAGUCAGGCUCAAUGGUUUGUAGAUGGUAGAGCAGCCUUUGAAGCUAUUGCUUCAUCAAUUGAGGAUGCUAAAUCAGAGAUUUUUAUUUGUGGCUGGUGGCUGUGCCCAGAAUUGUAUAUGCGGCGUCCUUUUCAUGUUAAUGCUUCUUCACGGCUUGAUGCUUUGUUGGAAGACAAAGCAAAGAAAGGGGUUCAGAUCUAUAUUCUUCUCUACAAAGAGGUUGCUCUUGCUUUGAAAAUAAACAGUGUGUAUAGCAAGAGAAAGCUUUUAAACAUUCAUGAGAAUGUGAGGGUACUGCGUUAUCCGGACCACUUCUCUACUGGUGUUUACCUAUGGUCCCACCAUGAAAAACUUGUCAUUGUUGAUUACCAGAUUUGCUUUAUUGGAGGACUGGACUUAUGCUUUGGUCGUUAUGACACAUUUGAACACAAAGUGGGUGAUAAUCCUCCUCUGGUAUGGCCUGGAAAGGACUAUUAUAACCCAAGGGAAUCUGAACCCAAUUCAUGGGAAGAUACAAUGAAGGAUGAACUGGAUCGUGGAAAAUACCCUCGCAUGCCUUGGCAUGAUGUCCAUUGUGCCCUGUGGGGACCACCUUGUCGUGAUGUGGCUAGGCACUUUGUUCAGCGCUGGAAUUAUGCUAAGAGAAAUAAAGCUCCUUAUGAGGAAACAAUUCCACUACUUAUGCCUCAACACCAGAUGGUUAUUCCACAUUACAUGGGAAGAAGCAGAGAAGUGGAGAUAGAACGUAAGAAUGGUGAAGACAAUACUAAAGGAAUGAAAAGACAGGAUUCCUUUUCCUCUAGGUCAUCUUUUCAAGACAUUCCACUGCUCCUACCUCAAGAUUCGGGCGGGUUGGAUGGUUCUCAUGGAGGCCCAAAAUCCAAUGGGAUGGAUAUUAAUACAACCAAAAGUGUUUCUUUCCGCUACCAGAAAGCCAAAAUUGAACCGGUAAUUACAGAUACACCAAUGAAAGGCUUUGUAGAUGACUAUGACUCCUCCCCCCCGCCUUUGAAAAUACCUUUAGAUGUAAUGACACAGACAAGCAAUAAAACUUCAGAUUCAGAGUGGUGGGAAAAGCAAGAACGUGGUGAUCAAGGUGGUUCCAUGGAUGAAACAGGACAAGUAGGUCCACGUACUUCGUGCCGUUGUCAGAUUUUAAGGAGUGUCAGUCAGUGGUCUGCUGGAACAAGCCAAAUUGAAGAAAGCAUUCACUGUGCUUAUUGUUCUCUCAUUGAGAAAGCAGAGCACUUUAUCUAUAUAGAGAAUCAAUUUUUUAUAUCAGGUCUUUCAGGGGAUGAAAUUAUAAGGAAUCGUGUUUUAGAAGCAUUAUACAGGCGUAUUAUGCGAGCAUACAAUGAUAAGAAGUGCUUCAGGGUUAUUAUUGUCAUACCACUGCUUCCAGGUUUUCAGGGUGGUGUUGAUGAUGGUGGUGCAGCAUCUGUGAGAGCCAUAAUGCAUUGGCAGUACCGAACAAUUUGCAGAGGACAGAAUUCAAUACUGCAUAACCUUUUUGAACUUCUUGGUCCAAAAACUCAUGAUUACAUUUCUUUCUAUGGUCUUAGGUCUUAUGGUAGACUAUUUGAGGGUGGUCCAGUGGCCACCAGUCAGGUGUAUGUGCAUAGUAAAAUUAUGAUAAUUGAUGAUUGUGUAGCCUUGAUUGGAUCAGCUAAUAUAAAUGAUAGGAGUUUACUUGGUUCAAGAGAUUCUGAGAUUGCAGUACUUAUUGAAGACAAAGAGCUGGUUGAUUCAUGUAUGGGAGGAAAACCAUGGAAGGCUGGAAAAUUUGCUUUGAGUCUUCGCCUGUCGCUGUGGUCUGAACACCUUGGUCUUCGUGCAAGAGAUAUAAAACAAAUAAUCGACCCAGUAAUUGAUUCAACAUACAAAGAUGUAUGGAUUGCAAUAGCAAAGACAAAUACGGCUGUCUACCAGGAUGUCUUUUCUUGUGUACCCAACGAUCUUAUACAUUCCAGAGCUGCAUUCAGACAAGACGUUGCCAUGUGGAAAGAGAAACUUGGACAUAAUACCAUAGACUUAGGAAUAGCUCCUGUGAAUCUUGAAUCAUAUGUGAACGGAGAUAUUAAAAAAACUGAUACAAUGGAGAGAUUACGGUCAGUGCACGGACAUCUUGUUUCAUAUCCUUUGGAUUUUAUGUGCAAAGAAGAUUUAAGACCAGUGUUUAAUGAGAGUGAAUAUUAUGCUACUCAAGUUUUUCAUUAAGCUGCGGAAGCCUAAGCUUAUCUUUUCACAAUCGUGGAAAAUACCCUUUUUCUUUCCAAAAAUUGAAUAGAAAACACACACACACAUACACGGAGGAAGACAGAGAGGCAGAAAAGAGGCAGGCACUAUUUUAUGCUUUGCCCUACAGAUUUAUUGUCGAAGUGGUCAUUUUUGUAUAAAAUACAUUAA